AUGGAUUCCUUUGGACAACUCAGACCAGAAGAUAACCAGUCAGUAGUCAGCAGAAUGCAAAAGAAAUACUGGAAAACUAAACAGGUCUUUAUCAAAGCAACAGGAAAAAAGGAUGAGCAUGUGGUGGCAUCAGAUGCUGAACUGGAUGCUAAACUUGAGGUUUUUCACUCCAUGCAAGAGACAUGCACUGAACUUCUGAAGAUAGUUGAAAAAUAUCAGCUAAGACUCAAUGUUAUAUCAGAGGAAGAAAAUGAGCUAGGGCUCUUUUUAAAGUUUCAAGCAGAACGAGAUGUAACUGAAGCUGGCAACAUGAUGGAUGCCACUGGCAAGGCACUCUGUUCAUCAGCCAAGCACAGAUUAGCCCUAUAUACUCCCCUGUUUCGUCUAAAACAAGAAGUAGCGACAUUCAGUCAAAAGGCAGUAUCUGAUACCUUGAUGACAAUUAAUUGGAUGGAACAGGCAUGCACAGAGUACAGAGGCCUGCUGUGGAUGAAAGAUGUAUCUCAAGAACUAGACCCAGACACCUUAAAACAAAUGGAAAAGUUCUAUUCGGUACAGAUCCAAGUGAGGAAUAGCAAAGCUUCUUUUGAUAAGUUAAAGAUGGAGGUUUGCCAGAAAGUGGGUUUACUUGGAGCUAGCCGCUGCAAUAUGCUAUCUCAUUCCCUUGCUACCUACCAGACACCCAACUCCAUGAGAACACUGCUUGGAUUCUGGGAGAAAACAGCUCGAAUGAUGUCCCAGGCACACGGAGAAUGUGCUGACUUCCACCCAUAUGAUUUUGUAGCUCUCAAGCAACUACAAGACACUUCAAUCAAGCUUACUGAAGACCACAAAGAAGAACAAAUAGAAAACAGUUCUCUUACUGAAAACCUCAAUAAAUUAGUUAUGUUAAAUGAGGAUGCAGACUUGGAAACUGAUCCAGCCCCUAACAAUGAUAAACAAGACAUGUCAGCCUUGUUCAAUCUAUUUGCAGAUUUGGAUCCACUUUCAAACCCAGAUGCUACUGGGCAGUCGGAUGAUGAACUUCUUAAUGCUUGA